AUGGCGAAGGCACUGGCGGGUUUCCAAGCAUUCGCCUCAACUUGCGCUGCGAGUCGGACCACAAAGCUAGGUGACAAAAGCGGGCUCUGGGACCUUCGCCGGCUCAUACCCUGCAGCCUGAGCGCGCCUGCGUGUCGGAGCCCCUUUGUUGCUUGGCUGCCAGAGUCCGGCUGCGCCUGCGUGUUGGGCUGGCGCCGGCAAGUGCGCUGCACCGCUGGCACCGGCUGGGGGCGAACAGACCUCUUCAGCAGCUGCCGCCGCCGCUGCAGCCGUUGCGACCGUCUCAGCGGAGUUCAGAGGGCCAGGCGGUGGGAGACUUCCCACGGGGUGGCUGAGAUGUCGUCCACCGCGGCUUUUUACCUUCUCUCCACCCUGGGAGGGUACUUGGUGACUUCCUUCUUGUUGCUCAAAUACCCGACCUUGCUGCACCAGAGAAAGAAGCAACGAUUCCUCAGUAAACACAUCUCUCACCGCGGAGGUGCUGGAGAAAAUUUGGAGAAUACAAUGGCAGCCUUUCAGCAUGCAGUUACAGUUGGAACUGAUAUGUUGGAAUUGGACUGCCAUAUCACAAAAGAUGAAGAAGUUGUAGUGUCACAUGAUGAGAACCUAAAGAGAUCAACUGGAGUCAAUGUAAACAUCUCUGAUCUCAAGUACUGUUCAUAUCUUUUAAAGGAACUCCCACCUUACCUUGGAAAACUGGAUGUCUCAUUUCAAAAAGCAUGCCAAUGUGAAGGAAAAGAUAACCGAAUUCCAUUACUGAAGGAAGUUUUUGAGGCCUUUCCUAACACUCCUAUUAACAUCGAUAUCAAAGUCAACAACAAUUUGCUGAUUAAGAAGGUUUCAGAGUUGGUGAAGCAGUACAGACGAGAACACAUAACAGUGUGGGGUAAUGCCAGUUAUGAAAUUGUAGAAAAGUGCUACAAAGAGAAUUCAGAAAUUCCUAUACUCUUCAGUUUACAACGUGUUCUGCUCAUUCUUGGCCUGUUCUUCACUGGCCUCUUGCCCUUUGUGCCCAUUCGAGAACAGUUUUUUGAAAUCCCAAUGCCUUCUAUCAUACUGAAGCUAAAAGAACCACACACCAUGUCCAGAAGUCAAAAGUUUCUCAUCUGGCUUUCUGAUAUUCUACUAAUGAGAAAAGCUUUGUUCGACCAUCUCACUGCCCGAGGCAUUCAGGUGUACAUUUGGGUAUUAAAUGAAGAGCAGGAAUACAAAAGAGCUUUUGAUUUGGGAGCAACUGGGGUGAUGACAGACUAUCCAACAAAACUUAAGGACUUUUUACAUAAUUUUUCAGAAUAGAAAAGGAGGUACUCAGAAGCAUUCAAAGAAAACAUGAAAAGACUUAAGAAAAAAAAUUGUUAUUAUUUCCCUAAGCCAUUUCUGGAAUGGUAAAAGGUUUAAUCAGUUAAGUGUUUAUUACCUCAUUUUUAAGCCUGUCUGAGAAUGUAGAAACUAUAUAUUGUAUAUCUAUUUUAAACAAUAUUGCAUAUUUUACAUUUGUAAAUAGUUUGUUUAGAAAGAAAACUGGUUAUGAGAUGUAAGUAGAAGAUUAUCGAUCAAGAUUUCUGUAUAUGAUGCAGUAUUCUACUAUUAUAAGUAAUUCUGAAAUCAAAGACUAUUGGAUAAAUUUGACAUUAGUCUUCACUGGAAUAAGAUCAACUAAUUAGUAAGACAGAAUUAUUGAAGGCCAUUACAGCUAUCCGAGUUGUCUUCUUAUUUCUAGGUACAUCUUAGUUAAAGGGGAAAAAUACAGUGAAAGGAGAGCUCGGAAAUCAGUGAUGUAAUUAUCUGACAAGUUGAACAUUGUUAGCAGAAAGCAGACUCAAAGAAAUAACUGAAAGUUUAUUACAUGAUCAGAAAUAAAAUCUGUAGACUAAAUUCGAAUUUCUUGGUUGCUGUUGUUAAUAGGGACAUUCUAUUUGGAAUCUUUUUCAGGUAUGUAACAAAGCUACUGUGUCUUUUUUUUUUUGUAAACAUUAAAAUUGGACUUAAUUGUAAAUUAAGACAAGAUGCAAAUAGUCACAUUUUUGUUUCCUCUAAAGAAAUGUACAUUUUCCAUUGUUGGCAAUGACUAACUGUCUGGACCUACAUCUAGAUUUUAAAUAACAUCUUGAAUCCUAACAAUCAUAUGAAACUGAUGAAAGUGCGUAUCACUGUGUCUAAAACUUAUAGUAUAAGCCACCUCCUCCUGAUCUUUAAGAAUCUAUUCUUCUGAGUAUUAGUGGAAAGAGAAUUUCUCAAAGCAUUAGGCAUCACUUUCUCAGAUUUUCUGACGUGACUUCAUGUAAAUCUGUUUCUAAUCUUUUUGACUUACUUUCGUUAUCUCUCUGGGAGGUAAGUAUAAUCUGGAACAUUUGAAGUUUGCCAGCUAACAGCUACAAAGGAUGAUCAUACUCUCCCACCUGGAUGACAUAAAUGACAUUUGGUUUUUUUGUUUAAACUGAAAUAAA